UAUUUUAUUGGAAUCAUCCUACGAAAAUCAAAAUCUGGAAUCAUCUAUAAUAUUGCAAUCUAUCUCUAAUAGUUCUGAGUUAUCUUUGGAUAAUAAAUCAUUAUGUGAUUCUGAGUCCAAAUCACCUAAUCAGAGGCAUGAAACGCUUUGCUCCACAAAAAUUCCUUAUAAUCAAAAAGUAGAACGAGAUUUAAAACUCGAGCUAUCUAUUUGCACCAAAGAUAAUAACCACAAGAUUAGGUAG